GUGACGUAGCGCCGCGUCUGCUUCCGCUCUGACGGAGCACUUUCGUUUUCUUCAGUGAGAGGAGACGUGGGAAAGUUGUCUCCGGUGUUCGGUUCUCUGAGAGGGAGCUUUCGCGCCGCGGGUCCUUAGCCGUCUCAUUGUUAGCGCAUAGGUCGCCCUGCCGGGCGGCCGAGAACGCCAAGAAACCGGAAGGCGGACGCACCGCUCCCUGCUGCUUUGCUCAAGCCGCGAAAAGCUAAGUUCACAGUCGCUGGUGAACUGAGCUCACAAGGAAUUAAAGAUGAGUAAGAACAAAGACGAUGCGCCUCAUGAGCUAGAGAGCCAGUUUAUCUUACGACUGCCCCCAGAAUAUGCCGCUACGGUGAGGAGGGCAGUGCAGUCUGGGCAUGUCAACCUGAAAGACAAACUGAGCAUUGAGUUACACCCUGAUGGGCGUCACGGCAUUGUCAGAGUGGAUCGAGUGCCCUUGGCUGCAAAAUUGGUCGAUUUGCCUUGUGUUACGGAAAGCUUGAAAACCAUCGAUAAGAAAACCUUUUACAAGACAGCUGAUAUCUCUCAGAUGCUUGUAGCCACAGUAGAUGGUGACCUAUACCCUCCUGUGGAGGAGGCAGCUGCCACUGCUGAUCCCAAAGCAAACAAGAAAAAAGAUAAGGACAAAGAGAAAAAGUUUGUUUGGAACCAUGGAAUUACUCUACCUCUAAAAAAUGUCAGAAAGAGACGGUUCCGGAAGACAGCAAAGAAGAAGUACAUUGAAUCUCCGGAUGUGGAAAAAGAAGUCAAGCGUCUGCUGAGUACAGAUGCAGAAGCUGUCAGUACUCGUUGGGAGAUAAUUGCUGAAGAUGAAACAAAGGAGACAGAAAAUCAAGGCCUGGACAUCUCUUCUCCAGGAAUGUCUGGCCACAGGCAAGGCCAUGACUCACUAGAGCAUGAUGAGCUUCGAGAGAUAUUCAAUGACCUCAGCAGCAGCAGUGAAGAUGAAGAAGACGUAAACAUCCUUGACACUGAGGAAGAUCUGGAGAGACAGCUACAAGACAAGCUAAAUGAAUCCGACGAGCAACACCAAGAAAAUGAAGGAACCAAUCAGUUGGUUAUGGGAAUUCAGAAGCAGAUAGAUAACAUGAAAGGCAAGCUCCAAGAAACCCAAGACAGGGCAAAGCGCCAGGAAGAUCUCAUUAUGAAGGUAGAAAACCUGGCUCUCAAGAACAGGUUUCAGGCAGUUCUGGAUGAGCUCAAACAAAAAGAAGACCGCGAAAAGGAGCAGCUUAGCUCUUUGCAGGAAGAGCUGGAAUCACUUCUGGAGAAGUGAGCUUGUUGACUUUAGUCCUUAGACUAGUCAGCUCAAGAAAAAAUUAUUUUCAGAGUAAGGUCUUGAAAUACUUUUUUUUUCUUUGAAAUGUUCUUAUUCCCUGAGUUUUGUUGAAAAUUUUUUGAUUGUUUUUCAGAACUAUGGUGGUGGGUUUUCAUUCUUAAGAAAAUAGGAUUACAUAGACAGGUUUGUUGUAGGGAAGAUAUAAGAAAGAUGAGUGAAAUGAAAACACUUGAACUUUUAAUCACAGGACUUUAUUACAAUUUGUUUCCUAAAAGUUUCUAGUCCUUUUUUUUUUUUUUUUUGGUGCUAAGAUCAGUAAUAAGCUAGCCUACAGGCAGUGAAGUUAAUUUCUUUUAAAAGAAAUAUAUUUUUUUUUACCUCAGCAAGUUUCCAUGUUACAGAAAUGCAAGUUUUUCAUAAAGGUUGUUUCUUAUACAAUAAAAGCUACUAAUUUUCACUGUUUAUGAUGUUGUUCUAUGAAUACUGAAAGUUGAGGUGGUUCAUGGAGUUUAAUGACUGAAUGGUGUAGAUCAAGAUAAAUCCUGUUCUUUUGUUUUUAGGAAAAGGAAAGCACCAGGUAAGGAAAUGGAGAAAUUCAUUGUUGCAUUAUAUAUUAAGGUUCAGGUCCACCCACUUCAUCUGGAGGUUUAUGAACACUGGGUCUAGAGCCUUCUUAAACUAUCCUAGUUUUUAUGGAUGGAUAUCUGUAUCUUUUUCUUAAGCACUAAGGUUAUCUGUAAAAUAUUGGAAGCAGUUAUCAGAUAAACUAUUCCACAUGCUUAGAUUAAGAUUAUAUUUUAACUAUUGCCAAUUUAACUGCUACAAUUAUUUAAUAGACUGAUGUUUAUUCAUAUUGUUUCAUUAGUAUUUCCCAGUAUGAAAACCUGUGUCCUGGUCUGGGAUUUUAAAAUUUCAUAUACAGAGAAAAAUUCUGUGUGUUUUUUUAAAUACUAAAAAGCUGCCCCUAGGCAAACUAAGUAUGAAUUCAGAAUGGAAGUCAUCUGGCCCCUUUCAUUGAGAACUUGCCUUCUGUAUUGCUGUUGACGGCUGCCAGAGCCUCUGAAGCCCUAACUAGUCUGAACAGCUUGAGGUCAAGGCAUACCAGUACAUAUCAGUGACUUGAUUGUAUGAUUUUUGGGCCGUGUAAUUUGUAGCUUAAUCCGUUUGCUUCUAUUUUCUUCUCUCUGAAAUGGAGGUGAUAGUAUUACCAGCCGCACAGGGCUAUUGGACUGACUUAAAUCAUAAGGCAGGCUUACUUAGAACAGUACCUGGAAUAUGGUGAGUGAAGAGUUAACAAAGAAACGUUACCAUUUACUAAACUGGAUCAUAAAAGGCAUUAAAGAGUGAUAGAGAAUAGUAAGGUGUUUACAAAGAAAUUUUUUAUUUUUGACUCACUCUGUAUCUCAGGAUGGCCUUGAACUCAGUUCUCUCAAUCAAGUGCUGGGACUGUAGGUGUGCAUGGGCAGGCCUGGCUUAGGCAACAGCUGUUUUAAUUAGGUUUUGUUUCAAAUUCAACAAAGGCUCAAACCGUCUAUUUUGGAAAAGGUUUAGAAUAUCUACAGCAUAAAAAUUGACUCAACUUAUUCCUGUAGUUUUCUUGUUUGUUUCUGGAUAUUUUUAUAAUAAUACUAAAAAUGGCAUAAGGAGUAAUUAUCUGUUAAUAAAAUUUAAAAGAUGAAGAUUGAGAUCUAAAUCCUACAUUCUCAUUAAAGAUUCACUUUUCUCAUGCAGCUCUUAGCUAAGGAGUAUGCUAUAAAGACAGUGUCUAUGGGUUCAAGGGCAGAUUAUGCUUGUGUAUGUGUGUGUGUUGGGGGUGCUGGGCCUUGGGAACACUAGGCAAUUGCUCUGUCACUGAUUAGUACAUUUUAAGAGGUAUCAUCUCAUGCCUUUAUUUGUAUACAAAACAUUACAUUUAUGUAGUUUUCUAAUGCAAAAAUUAUAAUUUUGUUAUAUAGACCCUCUAGAGACUUGUCUAAAAAUAUGAAUGUUUAUC